AUAUUUCCAUUUCCGUGGAUACAAAACUUGCAUGAUGACACGAAACCCUCACCAUUUCUCCACAAAUUGUUGGGCUUUUUCAUUAUGAAUAAAAUCCUUAAUAAUGUCAAUGCACCAUUCAAUAAGCAAGAAUUCUUAAAAGGAACACAGCUUGCUGUUGGUGCUGUUUCAAAUGCAAUCUCAACCAAAGAUGUAACAAGACUUCAAGAAAUGAUGGGCACACGUCUCAGCCAGUGUUACAAGAAUGCUUUUUUUACCUUGUCAGAAAACAAACAAAAGUUAAACCUUGAAUUGGAGGAAACAAAAGUAAUUGACAUUACAGGUGUUAAAUCCAUAUUUGGAAAGGCAGAUCCUUCAGAUAAGCAUAUCCUAAGAGUUUGUGGCCAAGAAAUUGUUGGAAGUAAAACAAAACUUCAAACUGUUAUGGAAGAGAGUAAUUCUCCUUGGGAUGACUCAAAAGAUAUUGGAGCAGACGCAGCUAAACUUGGAGUAACUUUUCAGAUUAAUGUUAAAUUUAAAACCCUUGAAAGAUUUUCCAUCUGUUCAAGUGGAACAAACGAGGUAAUUUCUGGCUCUAAUGAACUUCAACAAUGCUAUCAUGUCUGGACGUUUGAAAGUUUCGUUGAUUGGCUGACAUUUGACAGAGAAACGAACGAAAGUUAUCCUAUAUCAUGGCAAAUAUCAGAUAUGGACAAAUUUAUUGAAACAAACUUUCCUGACAACUCACCUGAUACAAUAAUAUAAAUAAUACAAUAUUAA